AUGGCCGGUCUAUUGAUGGUGCCAUUGUUGCCUGUGCAGGCGUCCGUGGGGGACCCGGGCCUGCUCGCAACGCCUCCGAUGGGGUUUAAUAAUUGGGCCCGAUUCCAGUGUGAUCUUAACGAGACUCUCUUUACCGAUACCGCCGAGGCGAUGGUCAGUCGCGGUCUGCUGGCUGCGGGAUACAAUCGUCUGAAUAUCGACGACUGCUGGAUGACCCACGAACGGGCGGCGGAUGGGUCUUUGCAGUGGAAUACCACCUUGUUCCCUCAUGGUAUCCCUUGGUUGGCCGAAUAUGCGAAGAGUCACGGUUUUCACCUGGGUAUCUACGAGGACGCCGGCAACGAAACCUGCGGUGGGUAUCCUGGCUCCCUCGGACACGAACAGCAGGAUGCAGAAACCUUUGCCAGCUGGGGCAUUGACUAUCUCAAGCUCGACGGCUGCAAUGUCUAUGCGGAGGACGGCCGACUACUGCGGGACCAAUACCGCUAUCUCUACGGCAAAUGGCACAAGAUCUUCAGCGCCAUGCCGGAGCCGCUGAUUUUUUCCGAGUCGGCCCCGGCGUAUUUCUCGAUCAAUGCCACCGACUGGGCCAUGGUCAUGGAUUGGAUCCCGGAGUACGGAGAGCUCGCCCGACACUCGGAUGAUGUCCUGGUGUAUAGUGGAGAGGGCAGUGCUUGGGACAGCAUCAUGGUCAACUACAACUACCAGACUCUGGUUACGCGCUACCAGCAGCCGGGCUAUUACAAUGAUCCGGAUUUCCUGAUCCCCGAUCACCCGGGUCUGACGGACGCCGAGAAGCGAUCGCACUUUGCGAUCUGGGCGUCGAUGGGGGCGCCGCUGAUUAUCAGCGCGUAUAUUCCCGAUCUGUCGGAUAGCGAGAUCGAGUUCCUGAGCAACAAGGAUCUGAUCGCCGUGGAUCAGGACCCACUCGCGGAGCAGGCUGCCUUGGUCAGUCGCGAUAGCAACUUCGACGUGCUGACUCGCUCGCUGGCGAACGGAGACAGGCUGCUCACCGUGUUGAACCGGGGUUACGACACGACCAAGACGACCAUCCCCCUUGCUCGACUGGGCCUGGAUGCUGGCUGCAAGUACAAAGCCCGUGAUCUCUGGACCGGUGCCGUCUCAACCAUUCAAGAUGCCGUCGACAUCACUCUCGAGAGUCAUGCCACCAGCGUACUCCGCAUCACGCCUCCACGGAAAUGCACCACCACCACCCCAACCGGCAUGAUCCUCAACACAGCAACGAAGCACUGCUUAACCGCAUCUGCCUCGGGAGCCAAGUUCGAAUCGUGCAACGCCGCCGACUCCCAGGUCUGGCGCAUCACCUCGCAAGGCAGCAAGCUCACCUUGAGCCCGCUAUCUGAUAAAUCCACGUGUCUGGCAGCCAGUGGACACGGUGCCGGGGUCUCCCUCGCGUUGUGUGAUGGUGGUGUCGGUACGACGUGGUCGCACUUUAUGAUUGGCUUUUUGCAGAACGCAAACGGCGGCUGUUUGACGGAGUCCGCCGGAGCUGGUCGGUUGGGAACGUGCAAUCUGGAGCAAGCGGGGCAGAUCUUGGGAUUGCCGAGUGGUGUUCGGUUGGCGAGUAGAUCAGAAUAG